CGGAGAUUAAGACAAACAGACAGUGGAAAGAAGGACAUGUGACAGUGAAGGAACUAUCUGAACUGUGACAUUUAUACUUUGUAUGGGAGGCAGGAAACAAGACAACUACCUGUGGAGAUGGGAAGCACAACCCUCCCAGUGUACCUCAAUGUGAGUGCGGGGAUGAUCAACUCGUCGUCAGACCCGGCUAAGAAUGAGGAGGGUUACAGUGAGGCAACAAUGAUCCUGCUGGGCAUGAUCAUGUCUUUACUCGUCCUGUGCAUUGUCUUUGGCAACAUCCUGGUCAUUAUAGCCAUUGCCCGCUUCCAGCGUCUCCAAAAUGUCACCAACUGUUUCAUCACGUCCCUGGCCUGUGCUGACCUGGUCAUGGGUCUCAUCGUGGUUCCUUUUGGCGCCUGCUACAUCAUCUUUAAAACCUGGCACUUUGGUAGUUUCUGGUGCGAGUUCUGGACCGCCACCGAUGUGCUCUGCGUCACUGCGAGCAUCGAGACCCUGUGCGUCAUAGCUAUUGACCGUUAUUUGGCCAUCACCUCCCCCUUCCGCUACCAGUCAAUGCUAACCAAGUGCAAGGCUCGCAUUGUGGUCGUGUUGGUGUGGGUGAUUGCUGCCUUGAUAUCUUUCCUGCCCAUCCACAUGAAGUGGUGGAUAUCAGAUGAUAAGGAAGCCAAGGAUUGUAUUGCGGACAGUAACUGCUGCGAGUUCUACACCAACAUGGCCUACGCCAUCACCUCCUCUAUCAUCUCCUUCUACAUCCCUUUGGUCAUCAUGGUUUUUGUGUACAGCCGAGUUUUCCAGGAGGCCAAGCGCCAACUUAAGAAGAUCGACCAAAGCGUUGGACGCUUUCACAACAGUGACACCAGCAACCUCAAAUCUCUGGAGGCCAACAGCGGGCGUGCCCACAAGAAGGCCAAGUUCUGCCUGCGGGAACACAAAGCCCUAAAGACACUGGGCAUCAUCAUGGGGAUCUUCACUCUAUGCUGGCUGCCUUUCUUUCUGCUCAACGUGGUGGUGGCUAUAUGGAAGGUAGAGGACAUUGACCUCACCUUCAGGAUACUCAACUGGAUAGGUUACGCAAACUCUGCUUUCAACCCGCUCAUUUACUGUCGGAGCCCCGAGUUCAGGUAUGCCUUUAAGGAAAUCCUCUGCCUGAAGAGGAACCGUCUCAGCAACCCGGGGCCCGUGAACGGAUAUGUCUACAGCCGGCACAGCUGGCAGAGCGAGCAGCAAGGGAGGAGUAAGGGCAGCUUGGAGGACAGUGACACCAACGACGGGUGUCUGGGGAAGGGAGCGGGGGUCUGCAGCGUUAUGGACAGAUCGAUGGACCCCAACGGGAAUUGCAAAAAAGGCCUAUCAACUGUAACGACUGUCCUUUAAACUUGGAGCCCUGAGACUUCUGUCACUAGGGCCAUCCAGACAUGUUUACACUGCUAUCAUAAACUCUUUCCAAUUGACUAAUGAAGGUAAGACCAGUCAAAAUGACUGGUAGAGACUGCUUUACAGAAACUGUAAUAAGCUGAGGAAGGUAUUUCUCUUCCUCUUUGUGGAUAAAUACUGUAGGUAGAUCACUUCUCCUUUUGUUACAUUUCUCAUGUUUAACUUCCAUCUACCUCAUCACAUCUUACUGUGUUUCUAACUGACUAUUUCACAUUAGCUCACCAUCCGCAGGGGUUACGUUAUCUCAGCGGUUUAUUCACUCUUACUAAACAGUCUGUGCAUUAUAUAUUUGCUAAAUAUUUGGCUCAGUAUGAAUUUGUG